CACUUUCAAGUAGUUCAAGCAUUUUUGGUAUGAAUACUGAAUUUGGUAUAUAAGGUGGUGACAACUUAACUAUAGAUAUCAAAUUCGUUUACCUCUUCGCUUCCAAAGAAGUCCAAAACUCAAACCUAUCAAAAUGUUCAAAUUGUUCGCUGUCUGCUUCUUGGCUCUCUUCGCUGUUGCCUUCGGUGCUGCUAAGCCCGGUUUGUUGGCUGCUCCAUUGGCAUACUCCGCUCCAUUGGCUGCUGCCCCCAUUGCUCAUGCUUAUGCUGCUCCAGUCGCCGCUGCUUACUCCGCUCCUCUGGCCUACACCACCGGAUAUGCCGGUUACGUCGCACCCUACGCCAGCAGCUACAAUGCUCACUCGAUCGCCCACUCCGCCGCUUUCCCAGCUGCCUAUGCUGCUCCAGUAGUUGCCGCCCCAGCCCCAGUGGUCGCUGCUGCUCCAGCUGUCGCUGUCUUGCGCAAAUAAGCUUUAAUCGAAAAAACUUUAAUUUUUCGGUCUGUGAUUAAAUUAAGAAUAGAAACUCGGUAUAACAAAUAUAUGUACAUAUAUGACAAAUUGAAACAUAAAGUAUGAUAAAUGCUCUCUUUA